CUCCGUUCAACCUCAACGCCCAGCGACGACAACCGCCUGCCCAAACACCGUCAACCCGCCAGGUUUUCCUCGCCGUCGAAUCAAUUCAAGAUGACUCACGAGUCCGUGUGGUACAGCCGCCCCCGCAAGUACGGCAAGGGCUCCCGUGGAUGCCGCGUUUGCACCCACCGCGCUGGUCUGAUCCGCAAGUACGGUAUGAACAUCUGCCGUCAGUGCUUCCGUGAGAAGUCUCAGGACAUUGGUUUCCACAAGUACCGUUAAAUCAAUAUCAACUCGAAUUCCUAUUCACGAUAUUCGUUACAUCCUCGGCGCUCGGUAACAACCAUGGGAAAUAGCGGAAAGGACACCGAUUCGCUUGGAUUCCGACGGGGAAUAUAUGUGGAAUAAUAAAAAGUUGUUGGAGGAAAAUCAUGCACGAUUGCCGGUGUUGACAAUUUAUCAAAGGGUGUCAUGUCGAACCUUUUUUCUUUUCUCCCAAUUCAUACUUGAAUUGAAAUGAGGAACUUUUCUGGAAUCUAUUACUGGGCUUCAUAUCUCUCCCCCCCUUUUCCUUUGCAGCUCCAGACGCGCUGGUCGAUGACUGAAAGAUACAAUGAGCACAUGCUGUUGCACUGCGAUGUUGGUUUGUAGUGCCUGUAAGGAUCGCGGUAGAAGUUUGUGCAAUAAUGACCGGUAUUCAUGCCAUGAAUACGCCGUUCCAUUAUCUCGGCGUGCCUUGCUCUCUCAAAGCCGGACUUCGGGACACGGUCCAAAGCGCUCUACAAGAAUGCCGAAAGAGGUGGCCUAAAGUAGCCCGGCUUUCACAUAGACAAAGUAAAAGAAACUGCCUGGUUACUGACGGAAUAUGUAGAUCGUCCGAUACCUAUGGAGGAAGGAAUUACUCUAACC